AUUAUUUGUCUCUUCACCACACCAUUAUCAUACCAUUUCUACCACUCAUACACUAAUAUAUAUAUUUAUAUAAGUUUAUAUAUAUAAUGAGCUCUCCCCAUCCCUUCCUGCUUCCUCUUUCCUAAAUGCUUUUUAACUUGUAUUUGUUUCCUUGAGAAACAAAAUUUAUAAGAGAGAGAGAGAGAGUUGAAAAAUGGAUGGGAGUUUUGGUUGGUGUAGUCACAAAUCAAAUUCCAACAAGAACAAAGAAGGCCAUGAAGAAGUGAGUUCUUCAUCUGAGGAACUAAGUUUCAAGAAUCUAUCAAAGCUUGUUGUUCCACCACUGGGUGUUUCAGGUUACAGUAGCUACAAUGUUACUAAUGGAAGAAUCAUCUCUCCAAUGGAUACAAGAUACCGGUGUUGGGAGACAUUGAUGGUAGUGAUGGUGGUGUACUCGGCGUGGGUAUGCCCUUUCGAGAUCGCAUUUCUCAACUCCAAACCAAGCCCGCCACUAUACAUAGCUGACAACAUCGUCGACAUCUUUUUUGCGCUCGAUAUUAUCCUCACCUUUUUUGUUGCCUACAUCGAUUCAACCACUCAAUUAUUGGUGCUUGAUUCUAAAAAGAUUGCUAAAAGGUACAUAUCAACGUGGUUUAUAAUGGAUGUGGCUUCAACCAUACCAUUCGAGACCAUUGCGUUCUUCAUUACCGGCAAGCAUCACGCCGACGUCUCCUACUCCGUCCUCGGCAUGCUCCGAUUUUGGCGUCUCCGCCGUGUCAAGUGUUUCUUUACCAGGAUCGAAAAAGACAUCAGGUUUAGCUAUUUUUGGGUCCGAUGUGCUAGACUCCUAUUUGUCACAUUGUUGCAAGCGCAUUUUGCGGCAUGCCUGGCAUACUUGUUGGCGGUGCAGUAUCCGGACGAAGGGAACACGUGGAUCGGAUCGGCCAUACCUAAUUUCAAAGAGACGAGCCUGUGGGUGAGAUACAUCUCAGCCUUGUAUUGGUCGACGACGACGAUGACGACGGUUGGGUACGGCGACAUACACGCGCAGAACACCUUAGAGAUGGCUUUCAUAAUCUGCUACAUGCUCUUCAACUUAGGCCUCACCGCUUACAUCAUUGGCAACAUGACCAACUUGGUCGUUGAGGGCACCCGCAGGACUAUGGAAUUCAGAAGUAGCAUCGAAGCAGCAUCGAGUUUCGUGUCUCGCAACCGUCUGCCUGCGAGGUUGAAAGACCAGAUUCUGGCUUACAUGUGCCUCAGAUUCAAAGCAGAGAGCUUGAACCAGCAGCAGCUCAUCCAGCAGCUGCCCAAGGCAAUAUGCAAAACCAUCCAACACCAUCUCUUCUUGCCCACCGUGCACGGGGUUUACCUGUUCAAGGGCGUCUCGAGGGAAAUCCUCAUGCUCCUCGUUGCAGAUAUGAAAGCAGAGUAUAUCCCUCCGCGAGAGGACGUCAUAAUACAGAACGAGGCAGCGGACGACGUGUACAUAAUCGUCUCCGGGGAGGUGGAGAUGAUCGAUUGCGAAAUGGAGAAAGAGAAAGUUGUUUGGGAGUUCGGCUCCGGUGGGAUGUUCGGAGAGGUCGGGGCGUUUUGCUCGACGCCGCAGAGCUUCACGUAUCGGACGAAGAAGCUUUCGCAGCUGCUGAGGCUCAAAACCUCAGCCCUAAUGGAAGCGAUGAAGACGAGACAAGAAGAUCAUGUGAUCAUGCUUAAGAACUUCCUGCAGCAUCACAAGAAGCUGAAGGAUUUACGGCUGGGGGAGUUAUUUGUUGAAGGUGGGGAUGAGAGUGAUGUGAACAUGUCGAUAAACUUGCUUAGUGUGGCGGCAACUGGAAACGCUGCGUUUCUUAACGAGCUUCUCAAGGCCGGCCUUGACCCUGAUGUUGGAGAUUCUAAAGGGAGGACUCCUUUGCAUAUAGCAGCAUCCAAAGGCCACGAAGACUGCGUCGUCGUUCUCCUUAAGCAUGCUUGUAGCUUACACCUUAGAGAUUUUGAUGGCAACACAGCGCUAUGGGAAGCCAUUGCAGCAAAGCAGCAUUCGGUAUUCAAGAUCAUGUACCACUGGGCUUCCAUCUCCGACCCCUACGUCGCCGGCGAUCUCCUCUGCGACACCGCCCGCCGCAACGACGCGGAAGUCAUGAAGGAGCUCCUGAAACACGGCUUGUUCGUCGACUCCAAGGAUCGCCACGGCCUAACCGCCAUCCACGUCGCCACGGCGGAGAACCAUCUAGAAAUGGUGCAGCUUCUGCUCGUCAACGGCUCCCACGUCGACGAAGCCGUCGAGAACAUGAUUCCGUCGGCAAAUUUGAGCGAGAUGCUGCGGAAGCGCGAGAUCGGGCACUGCAUAGCUGUGCCCGACACGACGACCCCCCGCGUUAAUCACGACGAGAAACGCAGAGAGGAAAGCUCGCUUCCGCUGAGGGUUAGCAUCUACCGAGGCCAUCCGGAAAAUCGGAGAGUGAAUAAUUGCACCGAUGCUGGGAAAUUGAUGAGAAUGCCAAACUCACUUGAUGAGCUCAGGAGCAUUGCAGGUCAAAAGUUUGGAUUUGAUGCUACAAAUGCAUUGGUGACUAAUGAAGAAGGUGCUGAAAUUGAUUCAAUGGAAGUUAUAAGAGAUAACGAUAAAUUGUAUAUAGUUUAGAAAUAAUGUUUAUGCAGUUAAAUAACAAUAAUAUACAUAUGUACAUUUACCAAAUGAGAAAAGAUCAAAUAAGAAUCACAAAUUCUCCGGUCAAA